AGCACGCACACGCUCGACGCCCUGCCGAAGUGCCCAAUGACCUAGAGCUGCCAUUGAUCAGACGCUGUUUCUGCUUGCGACCGACUCCGCGCGACCUCAACGGGCCACAUCAGCUCCAGCAUCCCUCCAUCUAGCCGCGGCUGCAUCACCCACUCACGCACUUGGGUUGCGAUCCGUCGCCGACCGCCCGCAGCUCUCCGCCUCGCCCUCGCCCUCGACGACCCCGAGAUAGUAUACGCUGGCCGUGCUGCCUCAGCACGCCUCAACUGCCAACCUGGCUGCCAUCAAUUCCAAGACUUUUGGCGCAGCUUCUGACGCUGUGGCCGAGAUGGCCCAGCCGCCAAGUGGCAAGCCUGUGGUGGAAGAGGAAGAGGAAUACGACUAUGAAUCCCUUCCACCAAACUUCUCGCUGCUGCAGAACAUGGCUGCAGGAGCAUUUGCUGGGAUUGCUGAACACACCGUCAUGUACCCAAUUGAUGCGAUAAAGACACGAAUGCAAGUCUUGCAGCCGCAUGGAACGAUAACACACAACAGCGUUCUUCGGAACGCCUUCCAGAUCGCACGAACUGAAGGUGUUUUCAGUUUAUGGCGCGGCAUGUCUAGCGUUAUCGUGGGGGCUGGUCCUGCCCACGCUGUUUACUUUGCGACCUACGAAGCCGUCAAACAUGCCAUGGGCGGCAAUCAGGUGGGCGUCCACCACCCUCUUGCUGCCGCCACCAGUGGUGCCGCAGCUACAAUCGCCAGCGAUGCUUUCAUGAAUCCAUUCGAUGUUAUCAAACAGCGCAUGCAGAUGCAGGAGUCUCGAAAGAUGUAUCGUUCCAUGGUCGAUUGCGCCAAGUACGUUUACCGAAACGAAGGUAUCGGCGCCUUUUACAUCUCUUACCCAACCACGCUGUCCAUGACCGUUCCCUUCACGGCCCUGCAGUUCCUUGCCUACGAAUCCAUCUCUACCGCCAUGAACCCGCAGAAGGCAUAUGAUCCUGUUACGCACUGUCUCGCCGGUGCUGUUGCCGGUGGCUUUGCCGCUGGUCUUACCACGCCCAUGGACGUCAUCAAGACCAUCCUACAAACAAGGGGCACGUCCUCUGAUCCGCAGGUUCGGAACGUCAGCGGCUUCUUGGAUGGCUGCAAGCUGCUGUAUAGAAGGGAAGGCUUCAGAGGCUUCUUCAAGGGAGUCAGGCCCAGAGUUGUCACAACAAUGCCCAGCACUGCUAUUUGUUGGUCUGCCUAUGAAUUUUCCAAAGCGUACUUCAUUAAACGAAACGAUGGCUUGUAAAGAAUAUGUUUGCAAUAUAUGGUAAUUAUAGAGAUUAUACAGAGCAAUGGGCUAUAAGCUAUAAUUACAUUUUUCUAUUCCUUAAAAAAAAAAAGGUAGUAAAUAGAUUAUGUUUAAAUAUAUUCUGUUCAAAGCA